AUGUUGCGCCGCUCGCUGUCUCCGCUGGGCCGCAUCGCUCGCUCCGAGCCUGUGCGUCGCUCCAUCCGCUCCAGUGCUUUGCUGGGAUCGUCUUCGUCGUCCAAUGAUCAAUUCUCAUGGCUUACGGCGCUCGCUGCAGGUGCGCUGGGCGUGGUCGGCGUCUCCCAGUUCAACGACAAUCACGCGGACUGCUGCGGCAUCGUGGGCGUCGUAGGCAAGUCGCAGGACGCGUCAGAGUUUCUGCUCGAGGGACUUACCAUCCUACAGAACCGCGGCUACGACUCCGCUGGUAUGUCCACGCAGCCUAACACCGAGGAGAGCGAGGCCGCGCCCAUUACUACGACCAAGUUCGCCUCGGUUGUCGGCACAGCUGACUCCAUUCACCUCCUUCGAGAGACCAAAGACAAGCACGACGGCAACACCACAGGCAUCGCACACACACGUUGGGCCACACAUGGCGCCAAGACAGACUGCAACUCGCACCCUCACACGGACAUGAACGGCCGCGUUUCAUUGGUGCAUAAUGGUACAUUCACCAACUACUACGAAGUGAAGCAGGAGCUUCUGGAUGAAGGAGUCGUCUUCUCUUCGCAGACAGACACAGAAGUGGCAGCGCAACUUAUUGGCCACUUAAUGGGCGAAGGAGCCGAUCUAUUGACAGCUGUAAGACUCGCACUGAAGAAGUUGGAAGGCACAUGGGGACUCUGUGUCAUGUCUCGAGACGAUCCAGGCAAAAUUGUCAUUGCCCGCAAUGGUUCUCCACUGUGUAUCGGCUACGGAUCCAGCGAGAUGUUUGUGGCGUCCGAGACGACAGCAUUCAGUCGCUAUGCGAAGCGGUUCAUCUCGCUCAAGGACGGAGAAGUGGCUGUCAUUAAGAGCGACUCGGCCGAGCUGAACCCCAAUGAUGAUGGCAAGGAGGAGGGAUUUCUGCAGCGUUUCCCGACCAGCAGGUUGGCAGUGGCGCCGGAUGUGAAGGUGCGUCUGUCACCAGCGCCAUACCCCCACUGGACGCUGCGUGAGAUCAUGGAGCAGCCCAAGGCUGUGGCUGCAGCUCUGGGUUACGGUGGCCGUGUGUCGGAUGACCACGUGUAUCUCGGUGGUCUCGAGGCCGAGAAGGACCGGAUGCUGCGUAUUAAGCACCUGCUGAUCGCUGCGUGCGGUACUUCGCUGUAUGCGAGUAAAUACGGUGCGAAGCUGAUGCGGACGCUCAACUCCUUCGACAGUGUGGCUACCGAGGACGCCUCGGAGUGCACCAGCGAUCGGUUUUCGAAGAAAGAUGGCGGUCUGCUUGUGGUGUCGCAGUCUGGGGAGACUAAGGACGUCCACCGUGCACUGAAGACGGCAGAGGAGCUGCAGCUUGAAGUGCCUACGUUUUCAGUCGUCAACUCGGUGGGAUCGCUCAUCGCGCGUACAACCAAAUGUGGCGUGUACUUGAAUGCUGGUCGUGAGAACGCUGUGGCGAGCACCAAGGCCUUUGUGACGCAGGUGACGGUGAUGGGACUCAUCGCCUCGUGGUUUGCGCAGAACCGUCCCGACGGUAACCGAUCCAAGAUGGCGGAGCUGAUCCAGAGUAUGCAUCGUCUUCCUAUUGCCAUUGGCAUGGCACUACGUUCUCGUGAACAAUGCGCCAAGAUUGCCGACAAACUGCUGACUGCUGAGCACCUCUUUGUGCUGGGACGAGGCUACGGUGAGCCGAUCGCGUAUGAAGGUGCUCUGAAGAUCAAGGAGAUCACGUAUCUGCAUGCUGAAGGCUACCCUGGUGGCGCCCUGAAGCACGGACCCUUCGCUCUUAUUGAAGGCGAGAAGAAUGGCAAGUUCGGCGCCACGCCAAUCAUCCUCAUCGUGCUGGAUGACGAGCAUGCCAGCCUCAUGAAGACGUCGGCCGAGUCUGUGCGUGCUCGUGGUGCUCACACUAUCGUCAUCACGGACAACCCGGCCAUGUGCGAGAACAUCGCUGACGAGAUCAUCCCCAUCCCGACCAACGGCCCCAUGACGGCCCUGCUCGCCACGAUUCCUCUGCAACUUAUCGCCUACGAGCUUGCUGUGCGCAAGGGCAUCAACCCGGACGUACCACGCAACUUGGCCAAGGCUGUCACUGUGGAUUAG